UUUAUGGAUGGGACCAAACUAUUUUCAACUUUAAAAUAAAAAUUAGCUGUCAUUUCGCUUUUUGUUUGGUAAUCUUUUGAAAGAUUUUCGGGUAAAAGCCGCGUGGAAAGAAAUGAGCAGUCCCGAUGCGGGCUACGCCAGCGACGAUCAGAACCAGGCAAGGUGCGCGAUGUCAGUCAUGAUGCCUGGAAUGGGACACUGCCAGUGGGCCGACCCCCUCAGUCCCCUCGGGGAGCCCAAAGCGAAGAACGAGGCGUCGUCCGGUCUCGCCGCGGCGGCGGCGGUGGCUGGAGGCGCGGCCGGGGCGAACCACGGGAGUCGCGGCAAGAGCGAACCGAGAAUUCGGCGACCGAUGAACGCAUUCAUGGUGUGGGCGAAAGACGAGCGCAAACGGCUGGCGCAGCAGAAUCCGGAUUUGCACAACGCCGAAUUAAGCAAAAUGUUGGGCAAGUCGUGGAAAUCCCUCCCCAUGGUGGACAAGCAACCGUUCGUAGAGGAGGCGGAGCGUUUACGUGUUCAACACAUGCAGGACCACCCCAACUACAAGUACCGACCCCGCAGGCGCAAGCAGGUGAAGCGGAUUAAGCGGCUGGACUCCGGCUUCCUGCUGCACGGGGGGUCCGAGCUUCAGCCCCCGGGGGACGGGGGCUACCACGAGCACGCCAGCUUCCCCCAGAUGCCUCAGCAGCAACAGCCCCUCGGUCACUACCGCCCGGACCCCGUUGGGGCGUCGUCGUACGAGAGCUACAGCCUCCCCACGCCCGACACGUCGCCCCUGGACGCCGUGGACGCCGACUCCAUGUUCUUCCCCUCCCAGGAGGACUGCCACAUGAUGUACGCCUACCAUUCGCAGGCCCCCGAGUACCAACACCAGGAGCCCCUCCACCACCACCCAGCCUCCUACAUGGGGUGCGCCAACCCUUUAGCAAUGUACUAUGGUCACCCGAAGCGGCACCCGGGGGCGGGGCAGCUGUCCCCGCCACCCGAUUGCCACCCGCACGCUGUACCCGACAACGCCGAGCUGCUUUCCGAGGUGGACCGCAGCGAAUUCGAGCAGUACCUGAGCUCCUCUGCGUCCAACUCGUAUGGCGCCCCGCACGAGGGCGGCGCGCCAGGACCUGAUGGCCUCAUAUCGUCGGUGUUGUCGGACGCCAGCACCGCCGUUUACUAUUGCAGCUAUAACAACUCUUAAAACCUCCACGCCGUACUUAAAAAAUUGUGUAUCUACUGAAAUCAAAAGGCCAGACUACUGAAGGACGUUUAUUUUGAAAGAAACACUUUUUAUUUUCCUUUCGCUGUCUCGCAAGGAUAUGAAGUCAUUUUGUACAGUCACUCUUUUUAAGUCUUUGUAUAUAUACU